GGUCCGGACGUGACAUAGCUGCACAUCAUCUCUCCUCCUCUCUUCAGUGGACUGACGUUACUUACCUCCACACAUCUGCAGGUGCUGGUCCCGGAGCAGAGUUUGUCCUGCCUGAUCUGAACCAGCAGAAAUAAUGUGGCUAGUUGUGUUGGCAAGUGUACUUCACUGCGCCUCGGCCUACGAUGUGGAUCUGAAGAAACUGGACGGGCUGGCGAAAGCGAGGGUGGAGACCUGUGGUGGAUGACAGCUGAACAGGCUCAGAGAGGUCAAAGCCUUUGUGGUCCAGGACAUUCCUCUUUACCAUAACCUGGUGAUGAAGCACAUUCCUGGGGCCGACCCUGAGCUUGUCCUCCUGAACCACUAUUUUGAAGUGCUGGAACGGAUCGACCUGUCUGACAUGACCCGCUCUGAGAUCAACGAGCUGCUGGGGGAGCUGGGCUUCUACAAGAAGGCUGAACCUGAGGACGAGGUGCCCGAGGAGUUCCGCUUCUCUCCUGCCAAAGACAGCCCGUUCAAAGACGAGCCGGCGUCCAAAUCCUCCACGUCCUCUCUCGUCACAGAAAACGCCUCCUCAGAGCCCGACGCAGAAGCCAAGCAUACUGACCUAUAACUCGUCAGAGAGGAGAAAAGUAGCAAUCUCACAUUACCACUAAGCCCUAUAGCUGCUCCACGACCAGCUGGUUAUCGCAGUUGACGACUGAAAGGCUCGUCAUUUUAGACCAGCAGAUCAUGGAUCAGCUCUUGGGGCAAUGACACAAUCUUAGCAUCAGCAAAAGGUCUUUAAAAAAGUCCAGUCUGAAUUUGCACAUAUUGUUCUUGCUGUAUGCUCUUAUUUUUGCAGCGAUACUAACCCAACAGGCUGCUUUGUGAGUGCUUUUCUACUCUCUACACAAAGAAUGGAAGUGUGUAUGUUUUCAUUUUGUUUUUGGUCCAUCAUGUGUCAGCUGUCUUCAGGAUUUUGCAUCUCUUGAGUUCCCCGUGUGUGUCUGACUGCUUCCUACCUACUGUGAAACCGAAUGAUGCCUCAGGUUCAAAACUGAGUGGCCUGAGGCUGAUGCUACAUGUUCUGGUGGGUUGGACUGAUGCACACAAGAGGAUUCAAGGGGAAGCGUUCUGAAAUAAAAUAAUAAAAUAUUCCACAUUA